AUGGCAAUUUUACGGUCUGCUUCACCUGUUGGUUCAGUUUUAUCCUUUCCAAUGUGUUCAGGCCAUGAACUUCAGGGUCUCUUGAGUCGCUCACACAAGAAGGAAAGCCCCAAACAAAUUCAAAUCGAUAAUACUGAUAACAUUAUUUACGAAUAUUUGUACUAUACGUCCAUGUGUGUCCGAGAAGACGUAGUUCGACAUUCCAACAGCAAUGUGUGUGGACGAAUUAUCAACAAUUUUGGCUGCGCCUGGCAACAUGCGGCUGAUCUUCUUCACCAGUUGGCUGUUCUACAUGGAUCUGUGGCAAAAAUCGACAUAAGCAUUUCGCAAACUCACACGGGUCAUUUGAAUUUCAUCAUAUAUUUUCACGCAAACAAUUCCGCACAAAAGUUUUACGAAUAUACAACAAAUGCGUUGUGGCAAGGAAGUAGUGUCGAAUGCAUUACCUAUGCCCAAACACCAUUGCAAGACGCAACGGAGGAACAGAAUCAAACACACUGA